UUGAUUUCACCAAACUUUAGAUUUCUGCCGAAAAGUUCGUAUACCCAGUUAAAAGUUUAAAACCCAAACCCAUUUUGUUUCAAACAAAGAUUUAUAUUAAAGAUUUCACUUUGAUCUGAAAGUCUCAGUUUUUAUUUCAAUUUGUCAAGUACCAGUUUGUUUAUUCAACUCAAAGUUCAUUGAGUUUCAGUUUUGAAAACAUAUUUUUAGAGGUAAAAACACUUCAUUGAAUGGACGUAUAGUUGAGCAAUCUGUUGAAGCACAUUUGAUUGGAAUUUAGAGGCGCCCCAGAGUUUUUGGGGACGGAUUUAGUGAGGUGGGUAUCUUAUAUUUUGAGCAACUGAGUUGGUUUGGGAUUGAGUUUGUGAAGUUUUCGUCAGUGAGUUUUGAAAAAGAGUCGUGAAUGAGGGUGAGAUGAUAGGAGUGUAUGUGUGUUUUAGAUGACAAUGACUGGAGGGUCAUUGGGGAUUCGCUCUGGGAGUUAUGGAUCUUUGGAUAAACAACAGUUACAAAACGGCGGAAGCUUGUUGCCUGUUCAACAAACUUCAACACGUAUUAAACCUUCAAAGAUGUUCAAGGAGAAGGAGGGUUUGGUGCCCUGGAUCUGUAAAUUUGCCGGCCGCAAAAAGGUUGGAAUGCUGCUCCUAUUUGUUAUCUCCGCAGCCGUUUUCGUCUGGGUUCUGUAUGUUGGGAAAGGUGAAGAUACACGGGAGACCGACCAUGUACCAAACAUUAGUUUCAAUGGCAACUUUACUGUAAAUUAUUCUGAACCUACACCAAUAUACAGAGAGCAAACUCAAAAUAUGUACAAUCAGAAUUCUUUUAACAAUAUGGACAAUCAUAAUUCUUUUAGCAUUGUGGACAAUCAGAAUCCUCUAUUGAACACUGGGGAAACAAUUGAAAAUAGGAUUUUCCCCCCUCCUCCUCCUUCAUAUUUUCUGGGUUACACUCUUCCACCAGGGCAUCCAUGUAAUAGUUUCACUUUACCUCCCCCACCAGCAGAUAAAAAAAGAUCUGGACCGCGGUCAUGUUCAGUAUGUUACCUUCCUGUGGAAGAAGCCAUUUCCUUAAUGCCAAGUGUCCCCUCAUUUUCUCCGGUAGUUAAGAAUUUAACAUAUAUUGUUGAGCCAGAGUUGAACAGAGAGACUGAAUUUGGAGGCUCUGACUUUGGUGGAUAUCCUACUUUAGCACAGAGAGCUGAUUCUUAUGACAUAAGAGAGUCAAUGAGUGUGCACUGUGGGUUUGUCAAAGGGAAACCUGGACGUGGGACAGGAUAUGACCUUGAUGAGGAGGAUCUUCUUGAUAUGGAGCAAUGCCGUGGAGUUGUUGUUAUAUCAGCAAUUUUUGGGGCUUUUGAUGAUGUAAACCAGCCAAGUAAUAUUAGUGAAUAUUCCAGGAAGACUGUAUGUUUCUUCAUGUUUGUUGAUGAAGAAACAGAAGCAUAUUUGAAAGCUAAUAGUGGUCUGGACAGCAGCAAGAUGAUGGGGAUAUGGAGAAUUGUUGUUAUUCAUAAUAUUCCUUACAUGGAUGCAAGACGGACUGGGAAGAUUCCAAAGCUUCUACCACAUAGGUUGUUCCCCAAUGCCCGCUUUUCAUUAUGGAUUGAUGGGAAACUUGAGCUUGUUGUGGAUCCAUAUCAAAUUCUUGAAAGGCACUUGUGGAGAAAAAACGCCACUUUUUCAAUUUCCAGACAUUAUAAGCGCUUCGAUGUAUUUGUGGAAGCUGAGGCAAAUAAAGCUGCUAAGAAAUAUGAUAAUGCUUCCAUCGACUUUCAGGUCGAGUUUUAUAAAAAUGAAGGUUUGACCCCAUAUUCUGAGGCUAAGCUUCCAAUUACAAGUGAUGUUCCUGAAGGAUGUGUCGUAAUAAGAGAGCAUGUUCCUAUCAGCAAUCUCUUUGCCUGUCUUUGGUACAAUGAAGUUGAUCGUUUUACUUCCAGGGACCAAAUAAGUUUUUCCACUGUGAGGGAUAAGAUUGCGGCAAAGACAAAUUGGACAGUUAAUAUGUUCUUGGAUUGCGAAAGAAGGAAUUUUGUAGUUCAGAAAUAUCAUAGAGAUCACAUCUUUCUGCCCCCCAUUCCUGUUUCUUUUAUCCCUCCACCACCUGCACCGCCACCGCCACCGCCACUGCCACCACCACCACCAGCUUUGUUUCGUGACACACCAAGAGAAUUGCCAAAUGAAUUUUCUGAAGCAAGGGUUGUAAGUAGUCCUGUGAGACGGGUCACCCCAAGGCGUAGCCGUAGGUCUGGAUCUAGGCGUCAUCGCAAAGCUGUUGUGGUUGGCGAGGACAUUGAUUCAAAUCAUCGCAAAGCUGUUGUCGUUGGCGGGGACAUUGGUUCAAAUUAAAAUUUUGUCCUCCUAAACACCAUUCUUUUUCUUACCCCUUCGAAAAUCCAUUGCAGGUCUGGAAGAUUAAGGCAAGAUGAGUGUUGUAGCUUUAUUUCCACCUCAACCAAUUUUUUUUUUUAUUUUUUUUUAUUAUUUUUUUUUUUUAACUUUAUGGAAUUGGGUAUUUAAAUUCAUUUAUUUUUGUACAUAUAUUAUUAUUAUUAUUAUUAUUAUUAUUAUUAUUUGUAAUAGUUAUAAUUAUGGGUUGCCAUCAAAUUGCAUUCAUGUGGUAGCCCAUUUCUUUAUAAUAGCUGCAUUAUAUUGGAACUCAUCU